CUAGCCGACUUUACAUUUCCUCCGCAGGACCUUCACCUCCGGCAUGGAGCAGCCCUCUGAGUACGGGAAGCGGGGCGCCGGCGCAGUCCUCCCGCCCGAGCUGGACCAAGAGGUCGCCUCCGCGGGCGCGGGGGCCACCGGGCUGACGCACGAGUGCGGCCUGUUCGGCUGCGUGGCGACGGGCGAGUGGCCCACGCAGAUGGACGUCGCCCAGGUCGUCUGCCUCGGCCUCAUCGCCCUCCAGCACAGGGGUCAGGAGAGCGCUGGGAUCGCGACCAGCGACGGCAGCGGGCGUCAGAACUUCAAUGUACACAAGGGCAUGGGCCUCAUCUCCACCAUCUUCAACAACGACGCGAUGGAGAAGCUUCGAGGGAACCUGGGCAUCGGCCACACCAGGUACUCGACGGCGGCGUCGUCCUCGCUCGUCAACUGCCAGCCGUUCCUCGUGCACACGGCGUACGGACCCCUGUCACUCGCGCACAACGGCGAGCUCGUCAACGCUGGCGACCUUCGUAGCCAGGUGUACGACCGCGGGGUGGGCCUGUCGACGCACUCUGACAGCGAGCUGAUCACCCAGACCCUGUGCCUGGACCCGCCCGGCGGGAAGGGCUGCCGGCCGGACUGGCCCGCGCGCAUCCGGCACCUCAUGGCGCUCACCCCGCUCGCCUACUCGCUGCUCAUCAUGGACAACGACCGCAUCUACGGCGUGCGAGACCUGUACGGCAACCGGCCGCUGUGUCUGGGCCGCGUCAUCCCGGAGGGCUCCGACCCCCUCACGUGCCCAGACGCGGACGCCGAGGCGUGGGUCAUCUCCUCAGAGUCGUGCAGCUUCCAGUCCAUCGGGGCGCGCUACGUGCGCGAAGUGCUCCCCGGCGAGAUCGUGGAGCUGAGCCGGGACGGCGUCAAGUCCCUGGCCACCGUGGAGAGGCCCGCCGGACAGCUGCCCGCGUUCUGUAUCUUCGAGUUUGUCUACUUCUCGCGUCCCGACACGGUUUACGAAGGCCAGACGGUGUACUCUGUUCGCAAGGAGAGCGGCCGGAUGCUGUGGCGCGAGUCCCCCGUCGAGGCGGACGUGGUGUCGUCGGUCCCCGAGUCUGGCACGGCGGCGGCCUUUGGAUUCGCCAGAGAGUCCGGGCUGCCGUUCAGGGAAGUCCUGUGCAAGAACCGCUACGUCGGCCGCACCUUCAUCCAGCCCAACACGCGGCUGCGCAAGCUGGGCGUGGCCAUGAAGUUCGGCGCGCUGUCCGAGGAGGUGGCUGGCAAGCGCCUCGUCCUCAUCGACGACUCGAUCGUGCGCGGCAACACGGUGGGCCCCAUCAUCAAGCUGCUGCGCGAUGCGGGCGCCCGGGAGGUGCACAUCCGGAUCGCGUCGCCGCCGCUCAAGUACCCUUGCUACAUGGGCAUCAACAUCCCUACCCGCGAGGAGCUCGUGGCCAACCGCCUCGACUCUGAGCGGCUGGCCGCGCACGUGGGUGCUGACAGCUUGGCCUACCUCUCGGUGGAGGGCCUUGUUCAGGCUGUACGGCAUGGAGCCAAAACGAAAGAGGAGGACUCGGGUUAUUGCACGGCCUGCCUUACUGGGAAGUACCCGGUUGAGUUGAAAUGGUGAAGACAUUUACUGUAAAGCAGAGCCUGAAGACAUUUCCCUAUACUAGUUUUGGUAGGGGGGAGAAAAAAAGACCAAUUAUAAAAAUAUUUGAUAUUUUUGAGAAAUAAAUCAAAGUUUUGAUGCAGAAA